AUGCGUAACGCGAUCGCGCUCGCUUACUGGUACAAUGAGUCGCGGCUGUUCUACUCGGAUAUACAGCGCGGCGCCAUACACACCGCUCGCUUCGACGCCACUGACCAUCGAUCGCUCAUCGAACAGGUGGGCGCGGUGGAGGGCAUGUCUGUGGACGGCACAACGGGCACGCUGUACUGGACGUGCGCGAGCGCGGCUGCCGUACGCGCUGCUGAUCUGCGCGCGUUACUGCAGCGCCGCCCGCACACGCCACGCACUAUAGUCACUCUACAACACGACGAUCGACCACGCGGCAUCGACGUCGACCCCUGCGACAGGUGUGUUACUACUCCUACGAGCGAAUUAACAUGA